AUCGUUCGAGUGCUGAAUCAGAAUAUCGGGCUAUGGCACAAUCGGCAUGUGAGAUAAUCUGGAUAAACCAUUUGCUGAGUGAAAUCGGAUUGAAGACACCAAUGCCUGCUAAACUCUGGUGUGAUAACCAAGCUGCUAUACACAUUGCCAACAACCCAGUGUUUCAUGAGAGAACAAAACAUAUUGAGGUCGAUUGUCACUUUGUUCGAGAAAAGAUACAACAAGGAUUGAUCUCUACAGGAUAUGUGAAGACUGGAGAGCAACUUGGAGAUUUGUUCACUAAAGCAUUAAAUGGAAUUCGUGUUGGUUAUUUAUGUAACAAGUUGGGCAUGAUAAAUAUCUAUGCUCCAACUUGAGGGGGAGUGUGAAAGACAUUAGAAUAUACUUUAGAAUAUACUUUAGAAUAUUCUUCUAUCCUUAGAAUAUACUUUAGAAUAUUUUAGGAAUAUACUCUAGGAUAUUAUUAUUGUAUAGAAUCUUAUAGGAAUAUUCUAUCUUUGUAAUGUAUAUUUAUAGGGACUUAACCCUCCAAUGAAAUACACAGAAAAUCUUUCCUCCUCUCUUCAAUAUUAUAUUUUGUAGUUUAUAUUUCAACACUCCUUAUUAACAAGAUAGUGAUCAAGCCGUUCCCACAACCUUCCAUUAGAUCUAUCUCCCAACCACGUAUAUGUAUAGCCAAUUGUAGGUAAUUGCAACAGACUACAAUUUUCAAUACACUCUCUGAAAUCCAUCAUAUCUCCCAAAGAAGGGUGUGAAGGACCCUUGUAUUCUGCUAAGCAAGACACAAUAUUGAAAUCAACUCCCAAGACCCAAACAAUCUUCUCUUGUGCUGCAAAAUUACAUAGCCCCUCCCAAAGCCGGGCUCUCACGGUCCUCAUAUGUUUAACAUAUACAGGGGAAUAUACAAACGUAAAAUCAAGUGGGAUGAAUCUGUUGGCCUUAUUAUAUUACGGAGUAUUAUUUUUGUGUACGUAGAUCACACCUAUGCAUGCAGCGUUAUCCGCAUGUUUACUUUUCAUUAUUUAUAUUUUCAAUUGUAAAUUCCUCCACUUGUAAUUAUCGGAUAGUUAGCUUUCGUAUAGGAGUAGAACUUGUACGUUAGUUACCCAGCGGCGUCUGGAGCCCUGGGAUGAGGUGUAUAUAUGUACUCUUGUUUACAAUUGAAUGAUAUAUGAAAUUCUCCCAUUACGUCGGCUCAAUUUGGUAUCAGAGCACGGCAUACGAUCCACGAUCUUAUUUCUCUCACGAACGAUUUACGAUGACGACCGAUUCCGCUAGUCCUUUUUUCGGCCAGUUGGUGAGAAGGAACAUUAACGAUCCAUCUUCACCUUACUAUUUGUCAAGCUCGGAAGGACGGAAGGAUCCAGGAGACUCUUCACGAGGACCUGAUUUUACUGAAGUUCACUGGAAAAGUAUCCUACAAUUAACGAAUCAGGUUAAAACUACAUCCCCACAUGAUAAGUUAUCAGGUAAAGAUUUUCGUUCCAAUGCUUGGUUGUUAGAUUCAGGGGCAUCUUCCCACAUGACCGGCCAGGUUUCUCUUUUGAUGAAUAUUCAGAAAAUAUCACCGCUGCCGGUGUAUUUACCAAACGGAGAAGUUACACAUGCUACUAGCAAAGGACCUACUUUCGAGGACGCCGAUCGGAGCGGGUGAAAAAUGUGGAGGGGUGUAUUAUUUUCAUAGUCUGGAUCCAGUUCGUGUUUGCUCAAUAACGAAGGAGGAACGAAGUGAUUUGUGGCACUCCCGGUUAGGACAUCCAUCAAUCAAAGUUUUACGUUCCAUCAGUAGUUUAAAUGAUGCUAGUUUGUCUGUUGGUUUGAAUAAAAAUUGUGAUGCUUGUUUGCGUGGAAAAAAGACACGUGAUAUUUUUCAUACUAGUCAUUCAAGAGCAAUGGAAAUAUUUGAGUUGAUUCA